CCUCUCGCUCGGAGUCCAUUUUUGUGUUGUGCUUUCCUCCGUCGAUUCGACGACCGAUGGAAAAAUAUGAAAUAAACAAAAAUCGGUAGUGGCAAAGCGAGUGAAAGUGCGUAAAAGUUGUAGCCGAGUCGCGGAUAAAGUGUUGAAGACUGAUUGCGUUGGGGGGUGAGUGGUUUUCCAGGCUGAAGCGGCAAGUGGAUUCCAUCUGGUAAUCGAUUUUUGCCUCGGUCGCACACCGCUCCAGCUUCCACCCGCUCUUGCCACCUGCUGCGUGGUAUGGUUGGUGUCUCCUCAAAGGACAAACCCUUCCCCAAUAUGUCGCGCAGUGUGAGGGCCGAAACGCGGGCCAGCAAGAAGGACGAUGUCAAGAAGUUCAUGCUCUCGAUGGACCGGGUUCGUCGCUGGGAGAAAAAGUGGGUCACAAUCGGCGAGACUUCGAUGAAGAUCUUCAAGUGGGUUCCGAUCUCGAGCAAGGACAACAAGAAGGGCGGCGGACUGCUGAAGGGAGGAAGCACAACGCUCGGCGGCGGUGGAGGUGUGCUGGCCAAUGGGAACUCGACGGUCAGCAAUGCCGCUUCGGUCAACAGCAAUAGCAACAGCAACAGUAGUGAAAAUAAGGAAAACACUAGGAAACCGGGCACGGAUUCGAAUUCCAACUCGAACUUUGCCCUGACCACCGAAGAUUCCAACACCUGCUUCUCCCUUGUGAGUGAUUCCCAGGGGGCAACCGAGUUCGUCUCGAAUAUGCCCUUCUCGGAGGAUUCCAAUUCGCAAGGAUCGGACAGUGCUCCUGUAACAAAGCGACUGAAAUCAGACUAGAUGCCCCCGCGACGCAUGCAAGAAUGAGGAAGCAUUCCCCGUCUGAUGGUCUGAUUGAUUCUUAAGCGAGGAGGUGAGCCGGUCUUGCAGCUGUCCCACGACUUCGCUAGUGUAGCUAACCAAGUAAGUUUUUUCUCGUUUUUCUUUUCGUUUAGCGAUGGAAGGAAGCUCAGUAAUGUGUCGACACAUGUGGGUGACACUCAUCUCCGAUUGCAAGGGAGCGUUUAAUUUGUACAAAUAUCACUCUUAUUAAGAAGAUGGAAACAGUUUCAAAGUCUAGAAAUUAGUUUUAAGUGCAUUCUGAUUAGGCCGGAUUGUGAUUGGCGAGGGCACGCUUUUAGAAAGUACCCGAAGAAUCGAUUUUCCUGAAAAAAUAAAACUGUUUGAAUGUCAUCUAUUCACGGCUAUUUUGACGCCUAUUGCGAAUAUAUCUAAGCUUUAUUUAUUUCGACUUAAACCAUUUUACAGUAAACAUCUCUUUCGGAGACAAAGAUAACACUUCUAUCAAAUCCCAAAAACUCAAAUUCAGCACAGCAGUAGCUUAAGAUUUUGCCUAGUUUUAUCGUACAGCUCGCGCCUCGAUGUCUCGUACAGGGGUAGCCAGACGUUGUUCUUCGCAUCUAGAUUGUUAGCCGCAUUUUCUGUGUAUUUUAGGAUAAACUUCAUAAAUCUGCAAAUAAAAAUAAUACAGUGCGAAUACAACAUAAUAAUGAAGAGUAUAGAA